AUGGACAACGAGUUGCGGACAACAUUUGAAGCAGGUACAAGGCUUCGAGCUCAUGGCUUGAUAGAACAGUUAACACAGGUUGGAAUGUCCAACGACACGGACAUCAUCGACUUCUCUCAUAACAGCUGCACUUGUCGUGAGUUUCAAAUUAAUUGUAUGCCAUGUGUUCAUGCCACUCGAGCUGCCUGCUUGCGAGGUAUAUCAUUGUACGACUUAUGCUCACCGUAUUACACAUCGAAAUACUGGAGAGGUGCCUAUAGCGAAGCUAUAUAUCCCGUUAUGUGUGAAGUGGACUGGAUAGUGCCAAAUGAAAUUACAGGUACUCCUAUUAGGCCACCCAAUUUAGAAGAUAUUGUAAUUGAUAUCCCUUCAGAACAUCUCGACAGUUAA